AUGAAUCCAUAUAGUGCGUAUGCUGCCUAUGCCAAUCGCGAAUAUGCGUCUGAUAUGUGGAUCAUACGCAACGUUCCUGGUGGAUUGAACAGUCCACUUGGUGAAGCAUUGGAUAAUUAUUUGGGAGGAAAUCCGAACCCAUCUUAUGGUCAAAUUGUUGGCGGAGCACCAGGAGUUGGUGGUUACGGAUACCCACAGUACGGCAGUUCAUUCGGCUAUUAUAUGUAA